CUUGCCCUUGUACUCAACUUCUUAUACUCCAUUUAUCAUCUCCCUAAGGCGAUUGGGAAAGAUGACAGUUUACAGAGGGAUUUAGAAAGGGUCAACCAUGUGACUGCACGCCACAAAUGAAGUCGGCAAACGAUCUGGUUAGGCAGAAGGACCAGAAACUGCUGCAUCUCCAGGCUGAGGUGAAGAAAUUGCAGAGGCAGCUGAAAGCAGAGGAGGUGGCAGCAGAUGGACAGCCUCCACCAACCAUUUAUGCCAUCACGCCAACGUACACCAGGCUGGUGCAGAAAGCUGAGCUGGUCCGUCUCUCUCAGACCUUCCUACACGUGAAGAAGUUCCACUGGAUUGUGGUGGAAGAUGCUGCCAAUCGUUCCAAGCUGGUGGCUGACCUCCUGGCACAGAGCGGCUUGUCCUACACCCACCUCAGCUUACCGACACCCACUAUCUACAAGCUGAAGGAGAGUGAUCCCAACUGGCUGAAGCCUCGGGGCGUGGAGCAGAGGAACCUGGGCAUCCAGUGGCUGCGGGAAAACCGGGAGCUCAGCGAGGAGGCUGUGGUCUACUUUGCAGAUGAUGACAACACCUACAGCUUGAAAUUGUUUGAUGAGAUGCGCUGGACGAAGCAUGUUUCGGUUUGGCCAGUGGGACUUGUUGGGGGCUUACGUUUCGAGAGGCCGCUGGUGGAGAACGGGAAGGUGGUUGGGUUUUACACGGCCUGGAAACCAAACCGUCCUUUCCCCAUGGACAUGGCAGGGUUUGCUGUGGCCUUACAGCUUCUUCUGGCUAACCAUGAGGCCAGGUUUGACAUAAACGCAGAGCGUGGUUACCUUGAAAGCAGUUUGCUGCAAUCGCUGGUCUCCAUCGAGGAGCUUGAACCCAAGGCAGACAAUUGUAACACAGUCCUGGUCUGGCACACACGCGCUGAGAAGCCAAAGUUGAAGCAGGAGGACGUGCUUCAGAAAGAGGGGAAAGGAUCGGAUGCCCGCAUCGAGGUCUGAGCUGGACAAACAGGAGCUGGACAGAUAGGAAGGAGAGCCUCGCUUUGCUAACCAUCCAGGUGCUGGGUGGUGGGAAGGCAUGAUGGCCUGCAUGAUAUGUACAGGGAGCUACACUGCAUCCUGUUUUAAGCAGUGUAACAGGAGAGAGCAUGGGGUUUAGAAGGAGCAGAGAUUCUAGCAAUUGACAUCAGGUACACCAAACACACAGGAUCUUCAACACAAGCAGAUCUUCAUCAUUUAUCUUUGUGUUCCUUAAAAAAAAAAAAAUCCCUGUUUGUCUUAAACUCACUGUAAUGGCUGGAUGAUUUUGCUGUGCCAGCUUGUUGUGUUUCCUCUUGUGAAUUGAGUUUGGGGCAUAUUCAUUGCACACAUCUGCCCGGUAAUUCUGCUGUGAGCUGUCAGCUGGAGUUCGGGUGACCAGCAUGUGAUUGCAGGAGAUCUGAGGUUGGGUUUGAAAACUGUGCCACUGGCAGUAAGUCCGAGGGAGCUUUAUUCUGCAUCUAAUGUGGAGUGGCUAAGUGACGACACUUAAGCGUUUUCCCUCCUCAUUCCUAUUUUGUGUUCAAAAACAUCUUUUUAAUGAGUUCUUUCUUUGCCCCAGUUGCAGAGGGACUGGUCUCUUGUUCCUGGACGAGAAAGCUAUUGAUUUCCAGUGGAGUGUUAGGAGCAGUACGCACCUCAGCUAAUGGUACGGUUAAGUAAGAAUCCGAAAUAGAAAGGAUAGCAAUUGCUCAGUUAAAAUUUUAUGAUUACUGAAAUAUUUUGAUAAAUAAGUCCUGCCUUUAGAUGCUGCUGCUGCUCAGGAAUAUUUCUGUAUUUCUUGAUUUGUGAUCUGGUUAUCUCUCUUUCUGUUUUCUCUCUUUCGGUUUUCUCCUUCUCAUCCUGACCCCUCAAACACCCCACCCCGACCCUGGGAUGUUGGGAAUUAAUUGGAACUUUGCAGAUUGAUAUCAAUAGAUUUUACAGAAGCCCUCUCCAGGGAUAUGGAGUUGAUCUGAUUAAAUGGUGGAGGAAGCUUAAGGGGCAGAAUGGCCUCCUCCUGUCCCUGUUUCUCAAGCCUUCAAAGACUUGCUAGACCAUCAGGAUCAGCUGAAUUGAACACCACUGUGCCAACUGGCUCAGCAUCCAGCUGCUGCUGAUCGGAAGAUCCAGAGUUGUCCUGUAAUCACUGCCAACUGCCAAAUGAAGCCCAAGUCCCCACUCCCAAGGAUGUGUUUCUGCUCAGCUGAGCAGCUUGCCCUCUAACCUGGAUAUGAGGUGAAAGGUGAAGUUCUGUUGAAGUCAGCCUUGUUUUAUUCCUCCUGCUAGCUAGGGGUGUUGCUAGCUAGUCCAAUACUUAUUACCCAUUUAUAAUUGCCCAAAAAAUAAUUGAGAGUCACCCACAUUGCUGUGUAUCUAGAGUAGGCCAGACCAGGUAAGGAUAGUAGGGCUCUAGUGACCCAGAUGGGCAGUCCACAGUGGUCAUAACAAUUGCUAUUAGCAUAGCAUUUGAUUCUGCAUUCUUAUUGAACUCAAAGUUCACUAUCUCCCAAAGUGGUAUUCAAACCUGUGUCACAAGAACACUAUGCUGCUGCCCCCUGUUAACCCUGCGGCCUGAUCACCCCAAGGUGACAGUUGGGAGGUUGAACCUAUAUUUUACUUUCCUGUUUGCUGUGCCAAUUUAUACUGUCAGCUUAUUCCAUCUGAUCCCCAUAUCCUUGCUGUAACAUUGUGUCAGAGAGUUUGGUAAUGUAGCUCGGUGGAGUAGAGCGAGUUCUGGAAUCAUGCCUUGGGCUGUCUGUCUCUGUCUAGACAUCCACCUGCUUAGCUAGAAUGCCCCAGCUCUAAGGAAUUCCCAGUCUCAAUUGUGAAGUGUAGAAUCAAAUGGACCCUUCCUGCUGUAGCAACCUCACUAUUUGUUCUGAUUGAAUAUUUAUGCUUCCAUAUCCAAUCCAGAAUCAUUGAGAUAGCCCCGAUUCUGUUUCUGAGAGCUUCCAUUUCUGUUACAAGAGACAUUCCGAGCCCCGAGAUGAGAGUUUGAUAGUUACGCUUGGCUGGUGCCAUCAGUGUGGUGAAGGAGAAGUUGUUACACUCUGCUGCUUUAGGUUUUUCCAACUGUGGGUGGUUAUUGAGAGACCAUUGAAAUGAAGGGAAGCUGCUGAAUAUAUUUAACACUAAUCAGUUUACUAACGUGGGUUAUAAACAGACUGCUGAUAGUCAUUUUUCUAAAUGGGAUGUGCGGUGGAAGCACUGUGAAUUAUGAACCACCCCCUCAGCUUUUUUUGUUUAUUACCUCUUGAACAUUUUGUAUUUAGUUGCAAUCAGUGUCGUGCUGCGAAGGGCUUCCAGUGAGCGGUUCAUAAAUCACUAAUAAAGGCUUCCUAUGGGAAUGAGCUACUCAAGUAGUUUCAGAUCCAUUAGAUCAUUAGCCCCUUGGCUUGCACCCUCUGAUGUUUAUUGUUUCAGUAAUUUAUAUCAGACAAUAUAUUCAGUGUGUGUCUGUUAGGACUGGGGUGGGGCAAUGGGACUAAUUGGAUAGCUCUUUCAAAGAGCUGACGCAAGUACAAUAGGCUGAUUGAUCCCCUCUCCCCAGUACUGUAAUAUUCUGUAAUUUUGUGUGUGUGUCUGUGUGUUGUAUUGGGCUAUGACGUUUACUUGGGCUUUUUGUUGCAUCGUCUGUGAUCUUUUUUUCACAACAUCUGAAAGGAAAUGUGGGUUUGCAACAACUGGAGUGCACUCUGUAAGUGUGCAGUAUUCUAUGUGGAAGGGAUGAUAAGUACAUGCAUGUAAAUUUGUACAGCAGCUUUCGACACGUCCCCAAGUCUUUCACGGCUAAUGAAGUAGUUUUGAAGUCAGCUCACUGAUUGAUAGAGGAAACGUUGCUGCUAGUUUGCACACAGCAAGCUCCCACAAACAUUAUGACAUUGGUUGAGCCACAUCUCAUCUGAAAAGCUGCAAUACCCUGAAUGACAAUGCAGCAUUUGCUCAGUCCUGGAGCUGGGGAGUGUGGGUCUAGAAUCUGUGAUCAGGUCUCUGGAGUGGGACUUGAACCCACAGCCCCCAGAGGCUGAGAUAUUCUCGGAAUCAUGUCUCCUUCUGUGCACUUUGUACACAAUGUUCAGUAUCUCAGGCUUGACAUAAUGGCAUGGUUCUUUUGCUGUUUGCAUGCAACCCGUCAGGAGAAUUAACACAGUGUAGAAGUUUCAUAGGGGUUUCAUUUUUAAUGAUUUCCUUAGUUUCAUUCAGAUCCCUGUUGAGAGCUCAUGAAAAAUUGAACAUCUGACCCUCUGUAUUCUCCUUUUACCACCUUGAGGUUCGUCAGAACUGUGCACCACCCCCCUGCCCUGGGUAAGUUCCUGUUGUCAGGAAAAUCUCCUGUCAGUCGUUGUAGCCUGGAACUCACCACGCUGCCUGGUGGGGAACUGGAAGCAGAUUCAGUAGGAACUUUCAAAAUUGGAUAAAUACUUAAGGGAAUAAGAUUGCCGGGGAUGAUGGGGAAAGGGCCCCCUUCGACACUGAUUCUCUUUCUGAAAGUGGAUGUUAGAGCCCUAUGCAACAUGUGCUAAGUAUGUGUUAAUAUGCUGCAUCCUGAUCCCAGUCUGUGAUCAAUGCCUUUACCACACUCCUCCUGUUUUCAUGUAAACAGCUGCCCUUGAGGUUGCUUAUCUUCCCAGCUCCCCACUGCUGCUGCUUCCUCCAGCUAUCGAGAGUAGCCUGGCCUCCAGUCUUCUUGGGAGGUAUUCACUGAAUCAGCAGACAGUGUUGAGCUGUUUAUCAGCUGUGCCCAUGUCUUGUAGGAGUGAGGUGUGAAGCUCCGAGCUCCAUCACAGAAACUAAAACACAGAGCCUGCAAAGCUCUGAACUGAGAAAGAGGAAGUCAGGUUUGUGCUUGAUAAAACAGUUCUGUUAAACGGGAUGUGUUAACAGCAUCACCAGCCAAUAGGUGUCACUAUGUAGGUUAGUAAAUGUUCUAAAUGCUGCUGACUUUUAAAGAUUUCCAUUUAUGUAGCACCUUGCAUGUUCUCAGAAUGCCGCAGUGAAUUACUUCUGCAGGUUGGCUGUCCCUGUUCUGUCAGCAAACAUUGUACAGUGGGAUCUCGCAAGCAGAACUCAGAUGGCUUUGCAAGUUAUUCUUGAUACUGUUCAAUAAAUGGCGGCCAGGAUACUACACGUAACAUCCUUGCUCUUUUUCUUCCCAAAGUAACGCCAUAAGGUCAUUCCCAUCGACUCAAGUGGGCACCUGGGGCCUGUUUUAGAUGCUGAAGCCUCUGGAGUGGAACCUGAAUCUACAGCCUGACUCGAGCACACAACUCCAGGGGUGUGAUUGUAUGGUGGUAAUGUUAUUGGGUUAGUCAUUCAGAGAACUGGAUUAAGGAGAUCAAACUCCAACACAGUAGUUGAACAAUUUUAAUUAAGUAAAUUGGCAGUAAAAAGCUAUUAUCAAUAAUAGUGACCAUGAAACAGUCAGAUUGUUGUAAAAACUGACUGAUUUGCUAAUAUCCUGCAGGCAGGUUGUCUGCAGUCCUUACCUGGUGUAGCGAACUUGUGAUUGCAGACCCACAGCAAUGUGGUUCCCUCAAUUAUGUGUCAGUGUUGGCUCAUCUGUCAUCUGAGGCAGUUGUCUAUGGAUUCAAGUCCUACCCCAGGGCUUCAGCCUAAGAUUUAAGCUUGAUAUUCUAGUGCAGUAGUUGGGGGAGUGCUGCACGUUCAGAGCUGCAUUUUGGAUAAGCUUUCAAACUAAGGCUCCAUGAGCAUCUUCAGGUGGGCCUAAAGGAUCCCAGGGCACACUUCUGAAGAGAAACUGGAGAGUUCUUCUCUGUGCCCUAACCAGUGUUUAUCCUUCAGUCGGCACCAACAGGUUAUCUGAUCGUUCUCACGUUGCUAUGUGUCGGAGCUCAUCAAUUGGACUUUUUGACUUGGUCGUAAAGGAUUCAUAUCUUUUUGCCCUCUUUCCCUGAACACUGGCUGCUGCAGACAAGGUCAUGUGUCUUGCUACUCAAGCUCCCUAAUGAUACGGUUCUGUCACAUGCUAUAAAGAAUGUCUUUGAGAGCGUUGCUGCAUCUCUUCUGUUACCUGUGUUCACCCUCCCACAAUCCUUUGUAGUGGGUCUGACAUAUAAACCUAUUACAGACUGCAUUCACAGGCAUGAGAAUCCCAAUACAGUGGUUUUAUUGGUGAGCGAUUGUCAUUUUGACAGAGCGCAGUUAUCUUGGCACCUGUGCAUGUGUUUUCAUGACGGCAUGUGUGAAAAUAAACUUUCAAAAAUUGAAACGCA